AUGGGCAACGGGUUCAAAAAAGUUAAAGCGUCUUUCGUGGGGUCGCACAAGGACAGUAACAAAAUACCACAAUGGCUUAAAGCACACGGCGGUGAAUUUUCGCGUGAGAUUGAUCACUCUGUCACCCACCUCAUCGCUACAGAAUCCGCGAUGGAGAACAAUGUGGCAGUUGAGAAAGCAAGAUCUCUCAAGAUAAAAAUUGUUACCUACGACUGGCUCGAAGAUUCGUUGAUGUCCAAGCCCUGUAAACCUAAGCGCGAGGGCCCUUAUCUAUGGGAUAAAAUAUUAAGGGAGCGUGACGACACAUACAAAGUGACAAAGGAUGGAAAAAAUGAGAAAAAGGGGAAAAAGGGACGCAGACGUGUCGACACAGAGAAGAUUCUUGGGGAAUUCCAGAAAGGAGCCCGCGCUGUUGUCUCAGACAUGGAAAAGUUGGGCUAUCAUCCCUACGUCGACAAAUCUACUGGCGUAAGCUAUUGUGCCACCUUGGUGCGCUAUACUCUCGUCAAUACUCGUUCUCGAAAAGAGACUUUCCUUACCAGAAUGUACGAAACCAACAAAGAGCCACAUACAUAUACGACCUUUGUGAAAUAUACUCGCGUUGGUGCAGCAAGCAAGGAUAUGCUUGCACCCAAAGGGAGCAGUCUGGACUCAGCCUUGCAUGCAUUUAAGAAGUUCUUUCUUGUGAAGACUGGGGUAGAGUGGAAGGAUCGCUUCGACGACUCAAAAUUACCUCUAAGCCCUAAAGCAGGUGCGAAUGCGGAAAUACCACUUCAACCUCCGGAAGGUACUUGGUUUCGAUACAAACCUCCCAGUGGAUUAAUGGGAGCCUUGAACCACGAUGUGGAAAUAGCAGUCGAUAAGGAGGUUGCAAAUAAUAAGAAUUCCAAGGAGCGAGAUUAG